AUGUCGCUCACCACUACCGCACCCCUCGCUCCUCCGCACCGACACGGUUCCAUCUCGAUGACAACCCCCUAUGAGGACCGACCUUAUCCCAAUCAGGGGCAGGGCCCGGCACCUACCCAGGGUCAAGAUCAUCAAGCUCCCAUCCCUCCUCCCUACUAUUCCCGCCCUCCAUCAUCGCACGAUGACGCCCCAUCUUCAUCGCACGGCGUAAACCGCUCGGAUACACACACCUCUCCCGAGCGAAAUGACUCUUCCCACUCUGCUCGGUCCCAGGAAUUCGGCACCCUCCCCUCUGCCACCCCUCAGGCCGCCUCGUACCCACCGGACAGCACCUACGCUACUCCUGCCUCAGGGUCGUUUGUCCCAUACUAUGGCGCCGGGCAGGGCUCCGAUCACGUACCCAGUCCACCUCUGAACGGCGACGAGCGCGGCUCGCUCAUCCAAUUCACGCCGGACGGAAAUCCCAUCGUUCCCGUCGGGAUCAGCGGGGGCAAGAUGUUCCAGUGCAGGGGGUUUGAGAAGUGUGAUCGGGUCUUUACGAGGAGCGAGCACUUGGCUAGGCACGUUCGAAAACAUACCGGAGAGCGCCCGUUCCCGUGCCACUGCGGCAAGGCAUUCUCCCGCCUCGACAAUCUCCGUCAACAUGCCGCUACGGUCCACUCGGACGCUCCCGACCUGAAUGAGAACAUGCUCAACACACUCUCGCCCGUCCAUGCCGCUCUCUCGGCGCGUGCGACCAAGGAGCAAAAGAAACGGGGCGAGGUCGUCGAGGUGCCCAAGAACGCGGUGGAGCGGCCUCGGAAUGCAGAGCGUCGAGGGAGCAAGGAGGGAACCGUCUCUCCUCCCGUCGUCACUGCCGCCGCAUACCCUCCUUAUGCGGACGAAGGGACCACAUGGGAUCACAAUACCCGCCCCCGGACCAGCAAUAGCGGGUACGACUAUCCCUUCCAUCCCCCUCCGGAGAUUCCUCAUGCCGGCAUGGAGGGGACACCCGGUCCAUCUCGUCGUCCUGGCUCUUCGGCGGGAUACUCGGCUUAUGGCGGUGGAUACUAUGAGGGACCGCCCGCCCGGCCUCAGACGGGCGACAUCGCUCAGCCCGCCAAGGGAUUCGGGGGGUAUCGAUCCCGAGAUGGCCCUCCUCCUCUCCACAGCGGAUCUCAGGGACACUAUGCCGAUUCGGAGCCACCCACGUCCGCCCAUGGUCCACCUCAAUCACCUAUGUAUACCGCUCCCCCGCCUGUCCCACAGCCAAAUUGGUCCUCCCCUCCCCCACCACACACUGCCUACGGGCACGAGCAGAGAGCGUACUACCCAUCUCACCCUGCCCCGGCUCCCACCGCGGAAGGGUACACAUACCCCGAGCCUACUUAUGCUCAGACGUCAACCACGGCCAACGGUCCCAAUGGCAGCUCGUACGGCCCCGCUCCGCCCGGGAGUGCCGGCAGUACAGGGCCUUACAAUUACCCUCCUCCUCCUCCGACUGCGAACGGCUAUUACGGCCAGUCGCAGAAUCAAGGCCCAUACGCCCAACCCCUCCCUCCCCCUUCCAGUCACGGGCACGGACCCAGCCACGGCCAUCACUCGAGCUACUCGGUCGCCUCCUACGCUGCUACCCAGCCGAAUACGCCCUACUCGUACCCCACUCCCCUCUCUGGACCUGGAUCGUCGCACGGACCCCCUUCUGCCCCCCUCCACACGCCCUCCGUCGCCGCUCCACCUUCUGUCGUGGAAUAUCAGUACCCCGCCCUACCUACCUCCUCCUCCUCUGGCGGUAUCGGCAAGCGCCGGCUGGACGAUAUCGACAUCUCCUCUUCUUCGUCAAGCAUCGGCGGCGACUCGCUCCCCGCGCGCAAGAUCCCCAGGGCAUCAGCGAUCAACCAGCCUAUCCGGGCACUGCAAGAGCCGAACCCGCCCGGACAUGAUGAUGAUCAGCUGUGGUUCCCGCCUACGACGGAGAGACGGUCCAGUUUGGCCAUUUCGGCGUUGUUGGGGAGUCCGGUCGAGGAGCAUAAGCCCCGAGCACCGUGGGAUGGGGGUGUGGCGGUCGGGAGUGGGAACGGGGGUGUGGGGGAGGGAAUGGAGGAGAAGGCGAAGGCGUUGUUGGGGAGUGCGCAUUAG